AUAGAUAGUAACUAACUUCACAUUAAUUAUACUUGUCAAAAUAACUUUAAGCAAACCACGUGUGUAAAAAUACGUUUAGCGGCAUUUUUACCACGUUUUUUUCGAUAAUUCUGUUAUAAUGGCGAUCGAUUUAGAUAAAAAAAUCCUCAGGCAAAUCGAAUAUUAUUUCGGCGACAUCAAUUUGCCCCGCGAUAAAUUUAUGCAAGAAAAAAUUAAAGAAGAUGAGGGUUGGGUCGGUUUAGACGUGCUUCUUACGUUUAAACGAUUAGCAAGUUUAACAACUGACGCCGAAAAGAUCGCGAACGUUAUUAAAGAAAGUGAGAGCAAAUUAAUCGAGGUAAGUGAAGACUUAAAAAAAUUAAGAAGAAACCCCGAAAUACCGCUUCCAGAAUUAAACGAAGAGCGGCGUAAAGAGUUAAUGACUCGUACAGCAUAUGCAAAAGGUUUCCCGUUCGAUGAAAUCUUAGAUAACAUCAAUGAAUUUAUGAAAGAUCAAGGCGAUGUUGAAUCGGUGCAAAUGCGUACUUAUAAAGACCCAAAAACUUCAGAACACAAAUUUAAAGGAUCUUGUUUUAUUAUUUUUAAAGAUAUUGAUGAAUGUAAAAAAUUUGUUGAAUCUGAAGGCAUAAAAUAUAAAGAGAAAGAUUUAUUAAGAAAGAUGCAACAAGAUUACAUUGAAGAAAAACGCAAAGAAACUGAAGAACGUAAAAAUAGAAAAUCAAAAAAGAAAGAUCAAAAUAAUCAAGAUGAAGACAAAAAUGACAAUAAAAAGUUCCAAAAAACGUUGGAGUUUCCAAAAGGAGCUGUUGUACAUUUCAAAGGAAUUAAAGAAGGGGAGACAUUAACUAGAGAAGAAAUUAAGGAUAAAAUUAAAGAAUUAACAGAGAUGGAGGCUAAAUUUCUCGAAUUUAGUAAAGGGGAUGUUGAAGGACACAUUAGAAUGAAGAAUGAAAACGAUGGGGUAAUUGUUUGUGAAAAAUUGGAGGGUAAAUUAGACAUUGGUGAAAUCAAGUUGGAAUUACGCGUUUUACAAGGUGAAGAAGAAGAGGAAUAUUUAAAGAAAACUGUUGCUUCAGUUUUAGAUAUUAGACAAAAACAAAAAGGGCGGAAAAGAAAGGGUCAUUUCGGUGGAGAUGGUCCAAAAUACAAAAGGAAAUAACUAUAAUUUAAGUUUCAUUUAUUAUAAGUAAAAAUUAUAAAUUUACUAUUAAAUAAAGUUACUCGAUUCAUUAAUUAA